GGCGGUUCAAGAGCGAACGCACUCCGCAUUUGCUCCAAGUCGCGCGCUCACUGCCGGUCGUCGGCGGCACGGAACUACCCGCGAAAUAUUCGGCCACACAAGCGCAUUUCAACAUUCAAACGCAUCCAACACAAUGACAUUAUCCAAAAUCAUAAACACGUAUUGAUUUUAAAAUAAAGUGUAUUGUGUUAUUAAGAAGAAAAAUUAAUUAUAAAGUUGUAAAACAAACUUUUUCCUUUCGUGAAUAAAUUGAUGAAGACAAGUUGUGCUCUGAAGUGACUGGAAAAAGUUCCGAAAGUGACUGAAAGAUUUGGAAAACAUGUGAUUCAUCCUGUCGUCCACACUCAAUAAACUUUAAACAUGGCGCCAUCUGUAGUACUUCCGGUGUUAUUCCUCCUCUUCGGUUCAUCCCUUGCAAACACAACAGACGCCCACGUCCUGGAGGUCCUGGAUGGUGACCUGCAACGUGAAUAUUUCGAUCUGGAGUUAGCAACUUCAUCGCUCGACCGUAGCGUAAACACAUUUGACAGCCAGAAUGAAAUUAUAAACUCCACGGACAGUGAUUAUUUAAUAAUUUCGCACGCGAAUGAAACAUUUACUGAAGUGAAUGAUACCAUCGCCGCCGAAGAGUAUCUACAUGACUUAAAAGAGUUUCUCUUUCCGAAAACAUGGACGUGGGUGUUGAUAAGUCUGCAUUUUGUUGUGUUUACCGUGGGUCUGGUGGGUAAUAUUCUCGUGUGCGUCGCGGUGUAUCGUAAUCACUCGAUGCGAACAGUGACGAACUAUUUUAUCGUUAAUUUGGCGAUCGCUGAUUUUAUGGUGAUUGUCUUCUGUUUGAUACCUUCUGUCAUCUGGGAUGUUACGCUCACAUGGUUCUUUGGGGUUAUUAUGUGCAAAGUUGUUUUGUACUUACAGACGGUGUCGGUGACAGUCUCGGUCCUGACGCUGACUUUUAUCUCUGUUGAUCGAUGGUACGCCAUCUGUUUCCCGCUCAAGUUCAAGUCGACGACGGGCCGAGCGAAAACGGCCAUCGGCAUUAUCUGGAUGAUCGCGUUGACAUUCGAUAUUCCUGAACUGUUGGUCUACACAACAAUGUCGCAUGAUCACGGCGUGAAAAUCGACACGAUUUAUCUAACGCAAUGCGGGCCGACUUGGUCGCUGGACACGGAUACGUUCUGGACGGUGCUGAAACUGUUCCUGCUCUACGUGGUGCCGCUGGCGUUCAUGACCGUGACGUAUUAUCAGAUAACGAAAGUGUUAUGGAAGAGCGGAAAUGUUAGUUAUACGGCAGGCGACGGCGGUGGCGGAGGCGCGAGCGGCGGCAGCGGCCGCCCCAGCCAGUUCUCCAUGAACACCAACAUCGAGAUCCAGCUGCGGUCGCGCAUCAAGGCGGCAAAAAUGCUCGUCGCCGUCGUGCUUAUGUUCGCAUUCUGCUAUUUUCCGGUUCAUCUCUUGUCUGUGCUCAGAUUGACAGUGGGUUUGAAAAACUCCGAUUUCAACCGUGCGUUCGCGCUGAUUUCCCAUUGGCUGUGCUACGCAAACAGUGCGGUUAAUCCAGUCAUCUAUAAUUUCAUGAGCGGUAAAUUCCGUAAAGAAUUCAAACGUGCAAUCGACUGUUGCUCACAACCCUACCACCCUUCAGGCCGACACGAAAUGACAAGCUUCUUCUACAAGAACACGCUGCGUGAAACGAUGACGACGCCAACGGCGGGGGCGCGAUCCACCCGUCGGAUUGUCGACCGCCCCUCGACGAAUAACAUCGACACCACCGAGUUUAACGCCGCGCGGCGCGGCACCAGCACGACAGUGAUCAAAAUCGAUGUAUGAUCCACGGCGGUUAAGCGCUACUGCCACGCUAUGCUGGGGGAUGAAAGAGACAACGUCGCUAUCUCUGCAGUUCACGCUGAAGACAUUGACAGCGCUUUGUUGGAGGUAGGAGAACAAGAAUUAAUCGAGAAUCAUUGCAAUCGAUAUGACUAAAUAGAAAACUUUUAAAACUACAUUGUAUAUAAACAUGGGAAUAUUUAUAUUUAUAUGUAGGCAACCCAAAUAACAUCGCUGUGACAGAAUAUGUCAUGUAACACUAAUGUCGUUAUUGACACGCAGGAAAUAUGAACCCGCCAUUAACAUACUUCCGAAAAUAGAAUACCGAGCGCUAACAUAAUUUCACAUCUAUUUUCUUCCGGCUUUGUUUCGUGUUGCUCAGUGAUUACCCGAUAACAUCAACAACAAUUCCUUUACAACAGUAUUCGCCGUAUCACUUUUCGUGGUCGUUAUCGUUAAGUGAAUCUAACGUGAUUGUUUAUAAUAUUUAUCAAACACACUCGGUGUUCUCGUAUGCAGUAUAUAAUUUAGGCAACCCAGCAAUCCCGCAGCCAUUAGUGACAUUGGUCACAUAUGUGUAACUGUAAAGCUGUGCCAGAGGGCGUUAAAUUUCUACAUCGCAUGCAAUUUCAAGCGUUCUAUCGUAAUUGUCGCUUUUAUAUUUUAACUCGAGUGUAUUGUUUCCCAGGACAAUAUUUCACGAAUAUUUCAUUAUAUAGGCAACACAAAUAACUGAAAUUUAAUAAUCAAAGGUUUUUUGUAACAAUUUGUAUUUUCAUUGUUUGCAUUUUGUGCUGAUAUCCGACAAUUAAAGAUGCUGGCAAUUCGGCGAGCGUGAAGUCGCUUUGUGCAAGCAAUUAAAUUCGACUAGGAUUAUGCGCGACCAUGGGGCAUAACCGUGCGAUAAAUAAUAACGACUAAUCCUCCGCACACGGAUUUUAUGACAGGCGUUCACUUUAAUUCAAAGAGAAUACGAAAUUAAUUAAAAUUGCUGCGGAUAAUACUCUCACGAAACUUUCGGAUAUACACAGAGUUAUGUAAGCUACAAUAUCACGAUAAAUACAAACAA